AUGAAGUUUCAGCUGCUCCUGCUCUUGGCUCUGGCGGCUCCCUUCCUCGGAGUCACAUUUGCGAGUCCCACAGAGCUUCCCGCAGAGCUCGCCACUGAGUCUGAGCUGGUCAAGGCUGCCCCAGAGGAGGACUCGCUGGUGGUAGAGGUGCCUGUUCCAAAUGCCACCGAAGCCCCGGUCGUUGCUGUGGAGGAGGAUCCUGCUGUAGUCACUGACCCCCCCGCAACAGAGGCCCCCGUCGCGGCCGCUGAGGAUCAAGUGGUUGUGACCGAGGCAGCUCCAGAGGUGGCCACUGAGGCUGCGGAGGCUGAGACCGAGGCCCCUGUGGUGGAGACAGAAGCCCCAGCACCAGCCACUCCAGAAGCUCCAGCGGUAGAGCCACCAGAGGUGGUGCUGACGGAGGCCCCAGAGACUGAGGUGGUCACGGAGGCGGCUGAGGAGGUCCCCGAGGCCGUCCCAGAGGCAACAGUAGCAGCCGAGAGUGCACCAGAGACCAGAGAGGAGGUGGUGGUGGAGGAAGGGGAAGAGGAAGGCCUGAGCUCGGGGCAGGUGGCCGGCAUCGUGAUUGGCGCGCUGCUUGCUGUGGUCAUCGUUAUUGCCGUGGUCAUCGCAGUGGUCCGAAGGAUGGGCAAAUACUCCCCUUGA